AUGCCAAGAGAAACUAAUAUUGUGAAAAUUGUAGGUCAAGAAAGCUAUGACAAACUACGUUCCACGAAAUGCCUACUGGUUGGUGCCGGCGGUAUUGGAUCAGAAUUAUUAAAGGACUUGAUCCUAAUGGAAUUUGGUGAAAUUCAUAUUGUUGAUUUAGAUACCAUCGACCUUUCCAAUUUGAAUAGGCAAUUUCUUUUCAGACAGCGUGACAUCAAACAACCAAAAUCUACAACUGCUGUGAAAGCUGUACAGCAUUUCAGUAACUCCAAAUUGGUCCCAUAUCAAGGUAAUAUUAUGGACACUAAUGAAUUCCCGCUGCAUUGGUUUCAUCAAUUCGAUAUCAUCUUUAACGCGCUAGAUAAUUUAUCAGCAAGACGAUACGUCAAUAAGAUGUCACAAUUUUUACAAACACCAUUACUAGAAUCAGGUACUUCGGGAUUCGAUGGUUAUAUUCAACCGAUUAUACCAGGUAAAACUGAAUGUUUUGAUUGUACCAAGAAGGAGACUCCAAAAACUUUCCCCGUGUGUACCAUUAGGUCAACUCCAUCUCAACCGAUCCAUUGUAUCGUUUGGGCCAAGAAUUUUCUUUUUAAUCAAAUAUUUUCUGCGGAAUCAACAUCAAAUGAGGAAGAGGAAGAUGGAACCAAAGAGUGGGGAACUGAUGAUGUUGAAGAAAUUAAAAGAAUCAAGCAAGAAACUAACGAAUUGCAUGAAUUACAAAAAAUUAUAACAUUUGGCGAUAAAUCACGUAUUCCAGAAAUCGUUGAAAAAUUAUUCAUUCACGAUAUCGAAAAGUUAUUAUUGAUUGAAAAUUUGUGGAAAACAAGAACUAAACCGACUCCCUUAACAAAAACACAAUUAGAUGCGUCGAUGAACGAAAGUAAGAAGGACUUGCAUCUAAAUAACAACUCGGUAUGGAAUAUUAACGAACAAUUAUCCAUGUUUUUGAGCAUAACUGGCAAAUUAAUGGAACGUAUGAAAAAAGAACAUACAAUAGAAUUUGAUAAAGAUGAUCAAGAUACUUUAGAGUUUGUUGCAACAGCAGCAAAUAUCAGAUCACACAUUUUCGAUAUUCCUCUACAAUCAGUUUUCGACAUCAAACAGAUUGCAGGUAAUAUUAUCCCAGCUAUUGCCACUACAAAUGCCAUCAUUGCAGGUUUAUCAGCACUUGUUUCACUUCGCGUCUUGAAUUUGCUAAAAUAUGCACCUGUUAAGACGCCAUUGGAUUUAAAUAUGGCAAUGACAGCUAAAGCAAGUAAUCUCUCUCAGGAUCGUUAUAUUUCCAACCCUACUCUAGCUAGACCAAACUGUGAAUGUGCCGUCUGUACAAAAGUGACUAGAGGCGUUGUUAUUGUGAGUGAUCCGACGAUUACGCUGAAAGAAUUCAUCGCUGAGUUACGUUCCAAAUAUGGUUUCUCUGAAGAUAUCUCAUUAUUAGACCUAAGUGAACAAAGGUUAUUGGUUGAUUAUGAUUUUGAUGAUAUGGUUGAUCGUUCCUUGGACGACGUUAAUUUGAAAAAUGGAUCCCUUCUAUUUUUUUGCGAUGAAGAGGAAAACGAUGCUGGAAUGUGCCGAAAACCAUUAGAAUUAUAUCUUGAACUCAGAAAUGAAAUUUCAGGACAAAAUAUACCAAAAAUUAUACUACCAGAAUUGGAUAUUACUUGGAUAAAACCGUCAUCCGCUGAACCUGAAGAAAAUGAAGCAGAACGUGAAACCUCAAAAGAAAAAGUUGGCGGUAAUGAUGGAGCAGUUAUAAUUUUAGACGAUGACGAGGCACAACCAUCAACUGGAACCAAAAGAAGUAUUUCAGAGCUAGAUAAUGGUUUCGAAUCAGAUAAUAAGAAGGCUAAGGUUGCAGGCCAAUUCGAUGAUAACGCUAUUAUUGAACUUGAUUAA